UUUGAGCAGCUAAUAUUUCGAAAAGAUCUACGCAUGGGUUCCCAGUUACGUUUUCUCUUUCCCCCCCUAACCACCUCAGCAGCAUUUUAAUCAGGGUCUUAUUUCUGCGAUGGAAGAUAGCAGGGAGAUUUUGAAGGAGGAAGAAAAUAGUGACAAGCAGCUGAAAGAUCAAAAGAAAGAGGAAAAUAGAACUCCAAGAAGGAUUAUUUAUUUUGCGAAUGGUGAAUCUAUGGAAGAAUACAGUACAGAGGAAGAAGAUCCUGAGGAGAAUAACCAUGAGCCGCUUCUUGACAUGGCCAACAUCUCCUGGGGUAGUUUCCUGCGCGUUUGGGUACUUCGAAUUGCAAUGUCAACUUUUUUUACUUGCGAAUUCCUGGGUGGGAAGUUAGCCACAUUCUUUGGACUCAAUGAACCGAAAUAUCAGUAUGCAAUAGACGAAUAUUACAGGACACAGAAAGAGGGCAGUGAAAGUGACGAAGAUGGGGAAGAGAUGCAGGACGUGGAGGGAGCUGCCGCACCAAAUGAAACGCAGCACCUUGAGAUGCAGGGCAUAAGAUAUGGGUCCACUGAUUGUGAAGAUAUGGCUGUCCUUCCUCAGGAAAACACGGUUGCAAACGUAAAUGAAGUUGGAGAAGGCAGCUUGCUGGGUCCAUGAGAAUGUAAGCAGAGCUCCGCUGCAUCAGCCCACAGGACUAUCUACACUGGCCUCCUCUUUCCUACAGGUUGUGGCCGGCCAAAUGCCUCUGGGAAGCCCACAAGCAGAACAAGGGCACCCUCUUGCUUGUGUUCUCCAGCAACUCGUAUCCUGGGGGUAAUAUGUAGCUAUCCUAACUCAUAGUCAUUGAUAUACAUCCUCCAUGAUUUUUUCUAAUCCCCUUCAAAAGGUAUCUAGAUUCAUGACCAUCAUCACAUUCUGUGAAAGCAAAUUCCAUUGUUUCACCUUCAUGGGAUGGCCUCCAGUUUCUUGUACUAUAAGAAGGGGAGAAUGCCAUCUCUUGAUCCAAUUUCUCCACACCAUACAUCCAAAAGAGUCUCUCCAAAAUGAACCCUAGCUAUUGGGAAAUGUA